UUUUGCUUUAUUGUUUCCGUAGGAAUCAUUCUUCUAUCUGCUUAUAUAACAUUAGUAAUUUGGUUUGUUUUGCAGAUAUGUAUGGCAGUACAAGAUAUUGUUGCUGCACUUGUACUCUCACUUAGGUGCCCUUUCGUUGGCAUAUGAGUGGUUCAAGUCAUUGGAUGUGAAAAAUAUCUUGAUGGAAACUGUUUCACACCAUAUUUUACCCCAAAUGUUGGUGUCUCCCCUAUGGGCAGAUUUAAACUAUCUGCUCAAGGAUUAUCUCAGGUUUAUGGAUGACCACUUAAGAGAAUCAGCAGACCUUACAUUUCUUGCCUAUCGUCAUAGAAAUUACUCAAAAGUAAUUGAAUUUGUCCAGUUUCAAGAAAGACUGCAACACUCUAAUCAGUAUCUAGUGGCGAAGGUUGAAGGACCCAUUCUACAGUUAAAGCAGAAUGCAGAUAACAUUGAUGAUGAAGAGACUGUUCUUGAAAGCUUGAAAUGUGGGGUUCACUUUGCCGAACUCUCUAAUGAGGUUGGAUCCAAAUCUUUGACCUUCAAUGAAGAUUUGCAGUCUCGUCCAUGGUGGGCACCAACUUCAGAAAGAAACUAUCUUUUAGGUCCUUUUGAAGGAGUAUCCUAUUGUCCGAAAGAGCACUCGGUGAAAGAAAGGGAAGCAAAUGUAAGGAGAGUUAUUGAGAGGAAGUCUCUUCUUCCUCGGAUGAUUUAUCUAUCCAUACAGAAUGCUUCGACUUCACUCAAAGAAAAUCUCGAGGCCAAUGGAAACACAUCUGACCCUAAGGGCCCCUCAGAACUUAAGAGUUUGCUUGAGCGCUAUGCAAAAAUGUUGGGGUUCACACUUAAUGAUGCUGUAGAAGUGGUUUUGGGGGUCUCUAGUGGCCUAAAGUCGUUUGAGGUCUUUGGUGCGGACUUGAUUGACUGGAUAAAUUUUUCUGUGUUUCUGAAUGCAUGGAACUUGAGUUCCCAUGAAAUUGGUCAAGCAAAUGGUGAUGUGGGUCUGUCUCGAGCAUGGCACUGUGUGGGUUCGCUGUUGGAGAAGUACGUUUCGGAGAAAGUUAACUCGAUGGAGACUCUAAUUAGCUGUCCUUGGGUUGAUGUCCCAGUUCUGGUGCAGUUGGUUACAGAACCGUUGGCCUGGCAUGCUCUUGUAAUUCAAUCUUGCACUCGGUCAUCUCUUCCGUCUGGAAAAAAGAAGAAGAAAACUGGAGUUCCAGAUCAUUCUUUUCUGUCCCAUAUGCAGGAUUCAGUCCAGUCUCUGCGUAAUACUCUGGAAAAAGUUAUGAAAUGGUUAAGAGAACAGAUAAACAGGCCAGAGGAUGAAAGUUUGGAGACAUUACUGUCCUCUUUGCAGAAGAAAGGACAGAACGAAGGCCCUGGGCAAGUUUUCCAUAUUUUAGAAACUUAUAUCUCAUCCGUAAAUGACACAGAGAUCGGUGAUAGAAUCUCCCGAGCAUUGAAGUCUUGGAGUCCUCCUGAUGUCGCACGAAAGCUGAUAACUGGGAAAUGUACGGUGCUGUCUGAGUUUCUACGGAUCUGUGAAUCCAAGCUAAAGUUGUUGCAGACAUUGAAACAGCAGAUAGCUCAAGUCUGAAGAAUGAUUGUCAAAGAUAAUGUGAUGUUUCAUGCGCUGUUCAAUUUUUCGUUAUCCAGCGAGGGAAGAGAUUGAAGGAGAUGGACGUUUCUCUUGUCGGUAAAACUUUCCUACUGUUUUUUUUCUUUUUUUUGCGGUUUUGUGCCGGCGGUGGUUCUGUUAGCAGUUGUGCUGUAAUUUUUUUGUUGGGCAGUGUACACAGGCUUGUAACUUUAGUAAUUUUUUUAGGCACAAUAUUUUGGACAAUGUAUCCUCCAAUUUUUGUUUUCUGGUAUUUCUUCUCAUAAUUUGUCAAGCAUUUUGUGAAAUGUAGUUGAUCAAAGUAUUGGAUCUUUGGUUCA